CGUUUGGCAUACUUUGUGGCGCAAGGACACUCCGAAGAGGGGUUGUUUUAUUUAUUUUUACUCUCUUUCGUCGAGGAAAACUCGCACGAUGAAAAGUGUGUUGGCCCAAGAGAGAGCCAUAGUUGUUAUCAGUGGACUUUGUGCAUAAAAUUCACCCAAAGGUGGGCCGAUUGGCAGGACUUUCGCGGCAAUAGUGCGUGAUAAAAGCUCCAUCGUGUCUGUGGAAGCUCCAAAGGAUAACAUUCCCGAACGAAAAAAGGCGUCACGAUAAAUCGGAGAGUUAUUGAUUUUUGUUGAGUCGCAAUUGUGAGAUUUCUCUCAAUAUUAUCAGUGUCUUUCGUACGUGAGCACAAGAGGCGAAGACGGAACUUCUGGCGGGUGUUUCGCCACUGGCGUGGAGCGCCCCGUUUCUUUCCGGACGCGGUGACUCUCUUACAGGUGCGUGAACAGGUGCGGAAAUGCACGCUGUGGGAAUCCAUUCGGCGCUGGCCGUCAAACGGCAGCGCAAGAGGCGCGAUGACCAGAAGAAGAGGACUCGGGAGCGACGAUACAGCCUCCAGAGCGCCGACAGCCUGGACACAAAUGCAUCCUCGACGCGGCGCCGGCACAGAUACGGACUCCGGAAGCGCAACACGGAGAGUUCGCUGCUUGACCAGCAAGUGGUCUCCAGCAUCGGCAUGCUGCACAUCGGCGUGGUGUUUGUCGUGUUCGGCAUCUUCCUCCUGGGCGCCGGAAUACUGCCCGACGACAUGUCGUCGUUCAAUUUGUUCGCCUGGGAAACGUGGUGGAAUGAAUUGGUGUGCACCGGAGCGUUCGCCAUUGGGCUGGGAAUCUUCCUUAUCAUCCUCAACUCCUUCAUAAGCAAGCGCGAAGAGUCCGAACUAGAGGACUAUGUGCAGCGCCAGCUCACUCGAUCCCGAUCCGGACACCGGCUCGAGCGGGACGUCGAGACGGGCGGCCUGGCGACGCGUCAGCACCACAAGAAUCGCCUGCAGAAGGAUCUGCUCCAAUCGCCAGCAACGGAAUCCUCCAUCGAGCCCCUCUCCUCAACAAACACGCACGAUGGACCACUCGGCGGGGAUAUUCUGCUCGAGCAAAUACUCGAAGAGGACAAUCGAUACGACGAGAGAAGUGGCGAGAUUGUUUCAUCCCUUUCCAGUGACAAGAAGUUCUUGCUUGGGAAUGGACACACCAAUUCUGUGACUAUCACCAACAUUUAAGAGACUUGUGCAUU